AUGCAGCGCGCCCUGUCUACCCGGACUUCGGUCCUCUCGGCCGCUUCCAAGCGUGCCCCCUUCGCCCGCUCCCCUCUGAACCUCCAGCAGCAGCGUUUUGCCCACAAGGAGAUCAAGUUCGGUGUCGAAGCUCGUGCCAGCAUCCUCAAGGGUGUCGACACUCUCGCCAAGGCCGUUACCUCUACCCUGGGCCCCAAGGGUCGCAAUGUUCUCAUUGAGUCCCCCUACGGCUCCCCCAAGAUCACCAAGGACGGUGUUACUGUCGCCAAGGCCAUCACUCUGCAGGACAAGUUCGAGAACCUCGGUGCCCGCCUCCUCCAGGAUGUUUCCUCCAAGACCAACGAGCUCGCUGGUGACGGUACCACUACUGCCACCGUUCUCGGCCGUGCCAUCUUCUCCGAGACUGUGAAGAACGUUGCCGCUGGCUGCAACCCCAUGGAUCUCCGCCGCGGUAUCCAGGCUGCCGUCGACGCCGUUGUCGACUACCUCCAGGCCAACAAGCGUGACAUCACCACUGGUGAGGAGAUCGCCCAGGUCGCUACCAUCUCCGCCAACGGCGACACCCACGUCGGCAAGCUCAUCUCCACCGCUAUGGAGCGCGUUGGCAAGGAGGGUGUCAUCACCGUCAAGGAGGGUAAGACCCUGGAGGACGAGCUCGAGGUUACCGAGGGUAUGCGCUUCGACCGUGGUUACACCUCCCCCUACUUCAUCACCGACCCCAAGUCCCAGAAGGUCGAGUUCGAGAAGCCCCUGAUCCUGCUGUCCGAGAAGAAAAUUUCCGCUGUCCAGGACAUCAUCCCCGCCCUGGAGGCCUCCACCACCCUCCGCCGCCCCCUGGUCAUCAUCGCCGAGGAUAUUGAGGGUGAGGCUCUCGCCGUCUGCAUUCUGAACAAGCUUCGUGGUCAGCUCCAGGUCGCUGCCGUGAAGGCUCCCGGCUUCGGUGACAACCGCAAGAGCAUCCUCGGUGACCUGGCUGUUCUCACCAACGGUACCGUCUUCACUGAUGAGCUCGACAUCAAGCUCGAGAAGCUCACCCCCGACAUGCUUGGCUCCACCGGUGCCAUCACCAUCACCAAGGAGGACACCAUCAUCCUGAACGGUGAGGGUAGCAAGGACAACAUCACCCAGCGCUGCGAGCAGAUCCGUGGUGUCAUGGCUGACCCCACCACCUCCGAGUACGAGAAGGAGAAGCUCCAGGAGCGUCUCGCCAAGCUCUCUGGCGGUGUUGCCGUCAUCAAGGUUGGCGGUGCCUCCGAGGUUGAGGUCGGUGAGAAGAAGGACCGUGUCGUCGACGCCCUGAACGCCACCCGCGCUGCCGUUGAGGAGGGUAUCCUCCCCGGUGGUGGUACUGCCCUGCUCAAGGCCUCCGCCAACGGCCUUGACGGUGUCAAGCCCGCCAACUUUGACCAGCAGCUCGGUGUCAGCAUCAUCAAGAGUGCCAUCACCCGCCCUGCUCGCACCAUUGUUGAGAACGCCGGUCUUGAGGGCAGCGUCAUUGUCGGCAAGCUCACCGAUGAGUUCGCCAAGGACUUCAACCGCGGAUUCGACUCCUCCAAGGGCGAGUUCACCGACAUGAUCGCCAGCGGUAUCGUUGACCCCCUGAAGGUUGUCCGCACUGCUCUGGUUGAUGCCAGCGGUGUUGCCUCCCUGCUCGGUACCACCGAAGUUGCCAUCGUCGACGCUCCCGAGGAGAAGGGCCCUGCUGCCCCUGGUGGCGGCAUGGGUGGUAUGGGUGGUAUGGGCGGCAUGGGUGGUGGCAUGUUCUAA